GAUCAUCCACGUCGAUCCAUCUCGAAGAAACGUAUCUCGCCGCUCUCUCUCCCUCGAAUGCAACGAGAGGCUUCCUUCCUUCCGAUCGACCGAGAUACACCCGGCAAUAUCCCUCGUACGUUUCUCUCAGUACGCGAGCCCCGCACACGCACGCACAGGCAAAGUCCUCACUGCCUGCUCCUCUUCUUCCGUUCAAUCACGUGCCAUACAACGCUCAGCAGCAGACUGUGAUACGCAACCCCCAUGCCUAGAACCCGUUCGUUCGCGUAGACGUAGUAGACGAUUUUAGUCGACCGCUAGAGAGGAUCGGAGCAGAGAGGCCAGACUUUGGAGGAGGACCGAGCGUCGCGGGACAGGAAGCCCGUGCAGCCAAACACGGCCACGAUUAGACGAACUGGAAAGAGAAGCGGAAGACUGCGCGGGAGAAUGUCGACUUGCACCGACGAGGCCGACAACGCACCCCUGCACAUGCAGGAGGCUCUAUCCCCGGUGCAGGAGGGGCCAGUGUCUCCGGCGUCCUCCUCGCUGAGCAACCAGAAUCAAAACGAGAGCGAGCAGCAAGUGCUGCUGGCAACUAUGCAGCCGGUGAACGUGCUGGACCUGCACGAGCCGCCAGCAGUGCACUCGCUCCACCCCAAGUACCAUCAUCACCACCACCGUCACCAUCACCAUCACCACCAUCACCAUCAUCAACAGCAACAGCACAUUCAGCCGGACCCGGACGACGUGCAGCAACGUACCACCGACGACCCGGAUGGCAGAGUGACGCCUGGCGCCGACGCAGCGGCUGCCAACUCGACGCUGGGCGUCGGCGAGCACAAGAUGAUCGACCUGAUCUACAACGACGGCCAGAAGACCGUCAUGUACACGCACGACAAAGAGAUCAUCUACGAGAACGAAGCGGACCGCGUGCAGGUGGUCGAGUACCCACCGCCGCCACCCUCGCCACCCUCGCCCUCGCCACCCUCCGCUGUCACCAGGGCCGGCCUGCUGCCACCCACUUGCGUCACACCCAGGUCAGGCUCGGCCACCACCGCGUUGCACCUGCACCACUACCCCCAGCUGCAGUUGCAACACGAGGACGACCUCCCGCCAGGCGUCCGUCACGCUGUCAACGCCACCGUCCCCAAUUGCGGCGCUGCUACUACCACCACCACAGUCUUGGUCCUCUCCGAGCUGGUCGCAGCGGACCCCGCUGCUGGCGCCGCCGCUGCUCAACAACUCACCCUCACCGCCGCCGCUGCUGCCGCCUCGCUGCGUGCCGGGUAA